AUGCCUACUUCAACCACUACAGACAGCUUAGCUGAUGUCGGUGAUACACACAAUGCAGCUACUGAACAAGCAAGCAUUGUUGGGAGGCCCAAGCAUCUUCUUGGUGGUUCUUAUGCUGUGGUCAAGAAAGUACUGGCCAGUGAGUUUGCAAAGUACCUAGCUCUGCAGAUGGUUAUUUUGGUGCCAGCACUUGCAUACAACUGCAUUAGGCUAUGGCAGUUCUGCUCAGAAAACACAGUCGCACCCACUAUCUUCUGCUUCGUAAAUGUGGACAAUUGGUCAGUAAUGAUCUUGCACAUUGCUACUAGGUAUAGAGGCUUUUUAGUGCUACAGGUGAUGAUAUUUUUUCUUGGAGUCCUGGAUGUGGCAUCUGAGUACAUAUUCAACCACUAUGAGGUUCCAUAUUCGAAAAGAAGAAGAGUUUUCUGGGGAGUAUUGGGCCUAUUAUUGUUAGUAGCAUGUGUUGUUUCAAUUGAAUUAUUUUCCACUAUAUGUGGCGGCAUUAUUGGCAGCAUAGUUAUAUAUGGCAUGGUCAAGCUUGUUUCCUUCAUUACCUCGAAGGUAUCAGCAGCUCGUCUCAUAGUUUUUGGCAACUGUCUCGUCGCUGCAGUGGCUCUCCUGUUAGCAUAUUUUGCACCCUAUCUUCUGGGAGGUACUCCCAUUACUGAAUACUUCCAAAGGAAUAGAAUGGAUAUUUCUCAAUACGAAAAGUUUUUUGCCGAGUUCGAUGUUGACAUUUCAAGAGUGUUUGUUGUAGGUGGUAUUCUUUCUGACAAUGCAGCCAGCAAUGCUGUUCCAUUCAAAUCUAUGAUGAGCAUCAUGAUUGGCAAGGAUACGAUCCAGAACAACAGCUUUGAAGUGGUCAAAGCUUUGAUGCUGCGCGAUAUAGGACAUGCAAGACACUUUGAUCUUUUAUCCAUCAUCAUUGUACCCUAUAUUAUUGCAUCCAUAGGAAUGUGCUUUCUGGUGAAGAGGAUUGGAAAGGAGAAGAACAAGUCUGCACUAAAGCAUUUUGUGACAGUGUGUGCACAGAUCGCAUUAUUUUUCCUCAUCGCUGAGCAGGCUUACAAUUUGAUUGCAAGUAUCUGUGUGUUUAAUGCAUACAGGUUUGCAUGCUCAUAUGUAGAUUUAUCUCAGAAUCUUUUAAAUAUGCCUGAGAAUAACAAAGCACUCACGUACUAG